AUGAUUUUGACAACUGACCAAAAGUCUAGGGAACUAUCUCAGCAAAUAGACACGUACCUCAGACAAACGAAACGUCUUCAAGUCAUCCGAAACAGCCAGGGAUUUUACGAACACAACAUCCCCGUGAAAGAUUCCAGCGUCUCGGAUGGUCAGACCAGCAUCAGGAGCCCCAAAAAACUUGGUUGGAGCAGGGCCAACGAGGACGUUGCUCCUACUGAUGUGAAACAACGAGGCCGCAACCUCAAUCAAAGCUUUUAG